UGACAUUUGUGAUUAGUCUUCAUCUUGCUACGAGAAAGAAAUUCAAUUUUGUGCAAUCACAAAUUUUUGUAAUAAACUAAAUCGGAAAAAUCAUCUCGCAGCAGCAGCAGCCAGCAGCAGGCAACACCACUUCGUCCGUUCCGUCUUCGCCGCCGCCGCCGCAGCCAUCGUCGUUUUCGUUGUCGAUUGUCGUAGUUCUCGUCCCCAUACAAAAAAGUUCUCUUUUUUCUUUUUUAUUUAAAUUAGAAAGAAAUUCUUUUUUGUUGUAUUCUUGGUAUCCAUCAAAUUAAAUUAUAGAACUCAACUCAAGAAUAAGAAUCCGAACGGGAGUCUCUGUGUGUUUUUGAGAAUUUUCAACAAAGAAAAAAGAAACUAAACAACAUCUCGAAAAGCAGCAGCCAAAUCAAGGAAGGAAGGAGGGACAUCAACUAACAAAUGUCUCAAUCCCAACCCAGCAGCUCAGCUGUUCGUGCUUUGGCACUUGAAUACAAAUCAUUGCAAGAGGAACCAGUCGAAGGAUUUCGUGUGAAAUUGUGCAAUGAGGACAAUCUAUUUGAAUGGGAGGUGGCAAUCUUCGGGCCACCGGACACACUCUACCAGGGUGGCUAUUUUAAGGCACACAUGAAAUUCCCUCCAGAUUAUCCGUAUUCACCUCCUUCCAUUCGAUUUCUCACCAAAGUCUGGCAUCCAAAUGUCUAUGAGAAUGGGGACUUGUGUAUUUCCAUUCUCCAUCCACCGGUUGAUGAUCCACAGAGUGGGGAGCUGCCGUGCGAGAGGUGGAAUCCAACACAGAAUGUGCGAACGAUCUUGCUGUCGGUUAUUUCGUUGUUGAAUGAACCAAAUACGUAUUCACCAGCAAAUGUCGAUGCAUCAGUCAUGUACAGGAGAUGGAGGGAUUCGCAGGGUAAAGACAACGAGUACCCAAACAUAAUCAGAAAACAAGCUCUUGCCGCAAAUGCUGAAGCCAGAAAGGAAGGAAUAACUGUACCAACGACACUCGAAGAUUACUGCCUCAAACCAACUAAAAAGCCCACCCAAGAGCCAAUGUUGGAUAUGACAAGUUUCUACGAUGAUGAUUUCGAUUUGGAAACAGAAGACGAUCAACAGACAGACGACGAUGAUGACGAAGAUGACGACGAUGCCGAAGAGUCAGAUUAUGCCGAUGGCGAUGACAGCGGCAAAGGUGAAACUUCAUAAUCUCCCACCGUAAUGACUUUUAAUCGUAGAGGUCUUGCUAAUGCUGAUGCGGAUAAGCUCAAGCGGAGGGGAUAGAACAAAACAAACAAAAAAAGAAGAGAAUUAUUCUAGUUUUAAUGUUGUUUUAAGUGUGUGUCUUGUGUAUACGCAUCCUUAAACAAACAAAACAAAACAAAAACAAAAUUUAAUUAAAUAUAAACAAAAAGAAACAUUCAUCCCCUUCCUUGAUGUUCAUAUUCUGUCUAUCUCUAUCGUUCAAUUUCAUUCUCUCUCUAUUAUAAUUCAAUAAAAAAAGAAAAGAAAACUAAAAAAAAAUUAAUAAUUAUAAGAAAGAAAAAAAAAAACAAAAACAAAAACCAACUCAUUCAAGCUUUUAUUUAUUUAGUCUUAAAAAAUAAACAGAAAAGAAAAACAAACAAAGUAGAAACAUUUUUGUAAAGCACUCAUAAUGAUUGCUAUUGUAAGGUUUUCUUUUUUUUUAAUUUUAUUUUCAGCAAAAAUUUGAUCAGCCUUCUAAAGUGAUGAGUCAAAUUUUGUCAUUAUCUUGUUCAUAUCUCAUAUUUUUAGGGCAUAACCAAUAACCCUGCAAUAUACAUCUUUAUCUUUAUCCCUUGAAAAAAGAAAAAAGAACAACAAAUUAAAAAUUUAAACAAAAACAAAAACAAAGUAAUGCAAAUAUAAUUAUUAUUAAUUUUAAUUGAAUUUAAUGUAACGUAGAUAUCUCUAUAUUUUAAUGAUUUUUGUCUUCUCCAGAAAUAAUGUAAAUUUGAAUUUAAAAACAAAAAUAUAUAAAACAAAGAUACUUGUAUAAAAACAACAA